UCCCGCUCGGCCGCCGUGGCUGGCCUUUGCGCAUGUGCGGGGUGAACCGGGAAGAAGGUGAAGAUGGCGGCGGCCAAGGCUGGGACCUUGGGCGUCCGGUGGCUGCAAAGGGCAACGAGCAGCGUGGUGCCAUUAGGGGCACGGACAGCCUCCCACUUUACCAAGGACAUGCUGCCCGGAUCCUACCCUAGGACCCCAGAAGAACGAGCCGCCGCCGCCAAGAAGUAUAAUAUGCGCGUGGAGGACUACGAGCCUUACCCGGAUGACGGCGAAGGGUUUGGUGACUACCCAAAGCUCCCUGACCGCUCACAGCAUGAGAGGGAUCCAUGGUAUAAAUGGGACCACCCAGACUUGAGGAUGAACUGGGGUGAACCGUUACACUGGGACCUAGACAUGUACAUCAGGAACCGUGUGGAUACAUCCCCCACACCUGUUUCUUGGAAUGUCAUGUGUAAGCAGCUCUUCGGCUUCACAGCUUUCAUGAUUUUCAUGUUCUGGGUGGGGGAAACAUUUCCCUGCUACCAGCCUGUGGGGCCAAAGCAGUACCCCUAUAAUAACCUGUACCUGGAACGAGGCGGUGAUCCCACCAAAGAACCUGAGCCAGUGGUUCACUAUGAGAUCUGAGGAUGCUUCAUGGGCUUUCUUGCCCUCUAACUAGGACUCCUUCAUUCCUAGAGAUUUAACCUUAAAGAAAUCCUUAAUAAAACUCAGUGCUGUGGUAUCUGU